GCGCCAGACUCGCCUGAUAGUUCAAUGACAGUUACCAAAUCCUAGUUACCUUUCUUUAAGUUUAACAUUGAAAUUUCACAGCCAUGCAGCAAGCCACACACGCCCGACUAAUUGUAUUUGGUCCGCUUAAGGUUCGACAGUUUUUGAAAAUGCCCCCUCUGGUGAUGAGCUCUCGGUGCCAUAGUGUGAUCCCGCCUCCACGAGACAACGAUGAGAAAGAGAUGUUGGACCGGAUGCUGCGAGUGGAUCACGCAGGUGAAUACGGGGCCAACCGAAUCUACGCGGGACAGAUGGCAAUCUUGAGACGGUCUCAGACCGGACCUCUAAUACAGGAAAUGUGGAAUCAAGAAAAGAAGCACCUUGAGAGAUUUAAUGAAAUACUUGCUGAGAACAGAGUUCGCCCCACUGCACUUCUUCCUUUGUGGAACAUUGCAGGAUUUGUUUUAGGGGCAUCUACUGCCUUACUGGGGAAAGAGGGGGCUAUGGCCUGCACUGUGGCUGUUGAGGAAAGCAUCACAGAACACUAUAACAGUCAGAUCAGAACUCUGAUGGAGAAAGACCCUGAGCGAUACACUGAAUUCCUACAAGUAAUAAAGGAGUUCAGGGAUGAUGAAAUGGAGCACCACGACACAGGAUUAGAGCAUGAUGCUGAAAGUAUACCUGGAUAUUGGCUUCUAAAAACUGCAAUACAGCUGGGCUGCAAAGUGGCAAUAUCUGUUUCUCAGCGGAUCUAGUUACAAACAUCUUCAGUGUAUAUGUCUCUGACAGGUCAUGAGUUUAAAGACUGGUUGCAAUGGUUGUUGAUCUGAUCACUAAAUUGCAGCCGUUGAUGAUGUAUAACUCAGUCAUACCAGGGUCAGUGAGAAUUCCAGUGGCUAACUGCUGUGUGUUAAUUCUGCAUAUGCACGAGUAGUCCGGCAACAGUUAGUUCACAAACUGUAUCACUGCUCUGCGGUGCAAGACUAGCAACAGAUAAACAAAUGCUCAACCACUCUGAGUACAAUGUAGAGACUAGCUUCAUUUAAAACACUGAAAUAACUAAUCUUUUCAACCUUUACACCCAGCAAACAGCCUUUUCAGACUCAGGUGAGCCAUUUCAGUUUAUAGCUGCGGUAACAGUGCAUUAAAGAACUUGAAGAGGUGCGUUCUGUAGUUUUUAAUGCACUUCACAGAGUAACACCUACACUCCAAAUGCAUAAUGCCGCCCCUCCUUGUUUAAUGCUUACUUAAAUACUGAGCAUCAGGGGAAUAUAGUUGUCAUAAUGUGUGAACUUGCCAAAACUCAUGAAAGAAAAUACUUACAAGAUGCAACAUGAGCCAAAUGGGUAUGCAGCCUUAACAUCAUUAUAUACUUUAUGUGGCGUAGAUUAAUAGUGGUGACAGUUUUAAAGCAUGGUGCAACUGUUUAAAUAAAGUAACAAAUACACAUGUUCAACUCCAUCUUGGGUGAUGAAACUAUAAGUAAAUACAAGAUUGCACAGAUUGCUAUGCUAAUGUGGCUAGUAAUAACCUCAAAUGCUACAUAAACAUCACUUAAUCACUGUGUUUGCACAUUGUCCUUUUUGUAAAUUCUUCAAGUUCUUUGAAUAUUGUCAAAAGGAAUUUGAAAUAUAUGAGAACCUGGCAACAAGAAUUUUAAAGGGCUAUAAAAUCUUCCCCUGUGAAGAAUUGAGGUUGUAAAUCUUGAUACUUCGAUAAAACAAAUCCAUAAAAGCUUUCGGAUA